AUGUCAAGCGCUGCUGGGCAGCUGACAGUGCUGGAGCUGUUACGGAAGCACUUCGCCCUUCCGAAGUUACUCUUUCACCUCCUCUUCUGGGGUGCCCACUGGGCAACGUUUGCUUAUGGCUGGUGGAAGCAAGUAUCUGAUCCUCGCCUAGCCCCUCUCAACACCACACUUGCCUGGUCGAUCUGGAUAUCCCGAGGCGCUGGCCUGGUCCUCUCCUGGGAUACCACGUUGAUCCUGUUGCCCGUAUGCCGCACUGUUGUGCGUUUCAUUCGACCAAAGAUCAAGUGGUUACCUCUAGACGAAAACGUCUGGUUUCACCGACAAGUCGCGUAUGCAUUGCUGCUGUUCACAAUCAUCCAUACAGCGAGUCACUACGUCAAUUUCUACACGAUCGAGCGGACACAAGUCAGACCCCUCAAGGCUAUCGAUAUCCAUUAUAAAGAACCAGGGGGUAUCACCGGCCACAUCAUGCUUCUCUGCAUGCUCUUGAUGUAUACUACCGCCCACGUUCGGAUUCGCCGUCAAUCCUUCGAAACCUUUUGGUAUACCCACCACCUGUUCAUACCGUUUCUUCUUGGUCUUUAUACCCAUGCGGUCGGGUGCUUUGUCAGCGAUUCUCCCGAAGCGUACUCCCCCUUUGCUGGCAAAGAUUACUACGAUCAUUGUUUGGGAUACCUCGGAUGGCGUUGGGAAUCGGUCGCUGGUGGCCUUUACCUGCUGGAGAGGUUGUAUCGCGAGGUUCGAGCUAUGAGAGAGACCAAGAUCACGAGAGUGGUCAAGCAUCCGAAUGACGUUGUCGAGCUGAAGUUCUCAAAAUCUAGCUUCAAGUAUCGUCCAGGACAGUGGCUAUUCCUCCAGAUGCCAUCCAUCUCAAAGUACCAGUGGCAUCCUUUUACGAUUACAUCGUGUCCCUUUGAUCCGUAUGUCUCUGUUCACAUUCGACUCAUUGGAGACUUUACCAAAGCUUUCGGUGAUGCUGUCGGUGUAGGGCCGGCUCAAUCAAAAUUCUACGAAGAGGCUUCAGUUGACCCAUCAGCUAUUUACGAAGUCGCUCUACAAAAUGGCCAGCAGAUGCCAGCACUGAGAAUCGACGGGCCGUAUGGUGCCCCAGCUGAAGACGUUUUCAAUAACGAGAUAGCCAUACUGAUCGGAGCGGGGAUAGGCGUCACACCGUGGGCCUCGAUCUUGAAGAACAUCUGGCACAUGCGCAAUAGUGAUAACGGCCUCGAGCGCCUGCGUCGUGUCGAGUUUAUCUGGAUGAGCCGGGAUGUCACUUCGUUUGAAUGGUUCCAAUCACUGCUUAGCUCUCUCGAAGACCGGCCGGCUGAGAUGCCGGGAGCGUCAACCGACCAGUUCCUUCGUAUUCAUACCUUCUUAACGCAGAAACUGGAUGCGGAUACGACGCAAAACGUGAUUCUAAACACGGUUGGAUCUGACACGGAUCCUUUGACUCAGCUGAAGGCUCGGACGAAUUUCGGACGGCCCAACUUCCGGAGAAUAUUCACAGACAUCCGAGAUGGUAUCGCCGACAGAACAUAUCUUCGUGGACUUGAGGAAAGAACGAGGACUCGAGUAGGGGUUUAUUUCUGUGGUCCCUCAGUUGCUGCUCGUGAAAUCAAGUCAACAUGCAAGCAGGUCUCUGAUGUUGAUGUUGACUUCAAGUUCUGGAAAGAACAUUUUUAA